AUGCUCAAUGACAAUGACGCCUCAAAACGAGGACACGAAUACCCGAUCAAUCGAUCACGAGUCUCAACUCUGAACACGGACAAAAUUGCAGACCUUGUCUCUUCUCAUUCCUGGGACAAGGUUGACUAUGCUCAAUUGAAAAAGGAUGCUCCGGGCCUGGUUGCGGCCGCUGCCCAUGCGGUCGUGCCCAGCUGGACGAAUAUGGCCAUGAUGGUUUCUUUAAUCUUUGGAGGCUGUUGUGCCAAUGUCUUUGCACUGGAAGCGAUUAUCAAAGAACAACCAACAGCCGGACCCCUUAUAACAUUCGCCCAAUUCAUCAUCUGCGCCCUCUUCACACUCCCUCACUUCCUAUCUCCCUCCUCGGGUCUCAAAGCCCUCUUCAUCAAACCCCGCGCCAUCCCCCUUAAAUCAUGGAUCAUCUACACAGCCUACUUCCUAACAGUUAACCUCCUCAACAACUGGGCCUUUGCAUAUAGAAUCUCAAUCCCACUGCAUAUCAUCCUCCGCUCUGCCGGCCCAGUAGCCUCAAUGAUAAUCGGCUAUAUCUACAACGGCCGCCGUUAUUCCACCGGCCAGAUUGCCUCAGUGGGAAUGCUGACAAUUGGCGUUGCAGCGGCGGCCAUGGCCGAUGCGCAGGCGAAGGGUUCUCUGAAAGCAGAGACGGAUACUGAUAUCAUGACGACUGUUACGGGAUUUACCAUUUUGGCACUUGCCAUGGUCCUCUCUGCUUUCCAGGGAAUAUAUGCUGAUCGACUGUACGCAAAGUAUGGACGAGAUCAUUGGAAGGAGGCGCUUUUCUAUUCCCAUGCGUUGUCUUUACCACUUUUCUUUACAAGUUGGGGGCAGUUGGCUAGGCAGUGGCGGGUUGUUAUGGCGUCGCCUUCUUUGGUACAGGAUGGCGUGCAGGUGUUUGGAUUGGUCAAGUAUGGUAUUGUUGCGGACUUGCUGGCGCAGAUUCCUGUUCAAGUCGCGUAUCUUGCGAUGAAUGCUUUGACCCAGUACCUGUGUAUUCGAGGGGUGCAUCUUUUAUCUGCCAAAUCCAGUUCGCUGACUGUGACUAUUGUGCUGAAUGUCCGCAAACUGGUCUCGUUACUCUUGUCGAUUUAUCUGUUUGGGAAUCAUUUGGCCGGGGGUGUAUUGAUUGGUGCCGCCCUGGUGUUUGUUGGUGGUGGACUGUAUGGAUUCGAAGGUGCGCGUUUGAGAAGUGCAGCGAAAAGAAAAGUACAGUGA